AUUCUUUAAUUUAAAAAGACAUCUAUGCUAUAAUGUAAAUGGAGACAUUGGCAUUGAAUAUUGAUGCCAAUUUUUCUCUUACCAAUUGCUGUUCUUGGUAUUAUCAGUUGACCAUAUAUUUGAGUUGCUACACAGCUAAAUCGGGCAACAAGAAUGGAGAUUGUCACGACCAUUGCUGGAAAAUUUGUAGAACCGAUAGUAGGCUACACCGUGGCACCCCUUGGAAGGCAAUUGGGUUAUUUGAUGUUCUACAAAGGCAAUUUCAAGAAUCUGAGGGAUCAAGUAGAGGAGCUGAAGAGACUGAAGGAAACUAUCAGUCAUGAAGUGGAAGCAGAAAGAAGAAAUGGACGGCAAAUUUACGAUGCUGUAAAGAACUGGCUAAAUAGCGUAGAUGAAAUCAUUGGAGCAGCAGAGGAACUUGGUGAUGAUCCUCGUCACAGGAACGUUGGCUGCUACAAGUGGCCUUUUCCUGAUUUGAAGUCACGACAUCACCUCAGUAGAAAAGCUAAGAAAAUGGCUGGCAAUGUUGUUGAAUUAAUGCAACGAAAAGAUAACAUUCGUCCAUUCGCAUUCUUACCUCCUCUAGAGGGAGUAGGCUCUACGUCUGCGACAAGUAGUGAGAAGCUUCAAUCAAGAAAGAAAAUGAUGGAGGACAUUGUCUUGGCUCUACGAGAUCCCAACUUAAGCCGAAUAGGAGUCUAUGGGCUUGGCGGAGUGGGAAAAACCACUCUAGUUGAAGAAAUUGCUAGAAAAGUUAAAAGCAAGCUGUUUGAUGAAGUUGUUAUGGUUAAGGCAUCCCAAGUUGCAGAUCUUGAAAGAAUUCAGGGUCAAAUUGCAGAUUUUUUGGGUCUUCACUUUGAAGAGAUGAGCAUCAAUGGAAGAGCAGAUCGCCUCAAGCAGAGGAUUAAAAAUGAGAAAAGUAUCCUGAUCAUAUUGGAUGAUAUUUGGCCAAUGCUUGAAUUAGAAAAGGUGGGAAUUCCUCUAAAUGACCACAAGGGUUGCAAGCUAUUGUUGAUUUCUAGAAAUAAAGAAAUACUAAAAACAAUGGAUACUGACGAAGAUUUUCUGAUAGAUGUUUUAAAUGAAGAAGAAGCUUGGAGCUUGUUUGAAGAUAUGGUGGGUGAUGUUGUCAAAGAAGUUAGUUUACGUGAUGUGGCAAUCAAGGUGGCCCAAAAAUGUGCAGGCUUGAUUGUUCUUAUAGUGACAGUGGCAAGAGCAUUGAAAAAUGAAGAUAAUCUUGAUUCUUGGAAAUAUGCCUUGAACCAGCUAAAGACCGUUGAUAAGAAAGGAAUGAGUGAGAAAAUUUAUUCGGCUUUGGAGUUUAGUUACAAUCAUCUUCAGGGUGAUGAUGUGAAGGCAUUUUUCUUGCUUUGUGGAUUAGUUGGUCCACAAAUUUCUGUUGAAUGGUUGUUCAAAUAUGCCAUAGGUUUAGGCAUAUUCAACCAAACUUAUUCUGCAAAAGAUGCAAGACUUGAACUUCACAGGUUGAUUGGUUCCUUGAAGGCAUCCUGUCUAUUACUCGAAAACAACUCAAACAUGGAAGUUAAAAUGCAUGAUAUUGUACAUGAAGUGGCAGUCUCAAUUGCUUCAAGAGAUCAACAUGCUUGCAAAAUUGGAAGGGGAGAUGAGUUAUGGCCACCAGAGGAAUCCCUUCAAAGAUGCACUCAAAUCAGCUUAGAUGAGUGUCAUAUUCCUAAACUUCCUGAAAGGUUAGAGUGUCCUAACGUUAAACUUUUUCACUUGUUUAAUAACAAUGAAUCUCUAAGCGUCCCAAAUUCUUUCUUUGAGGGAAUGAGAAACUUGAAGGUAUUAGAUUUGACUCGCCUGCACUUACCUUCAUUACCCCAAUCUUUUCAUUCCCUUAGUGACCUUCAAACUCUUUGUUUGGAUGGGUGUGCUUUGGAAGAUAUGACCAACAUUGGAGCUUUAACGAAUUUACAAGUUCUUAGCCUUUACAAAUCAUCUAUGAGAACAUUGCCCAGUGAACUAGGGCAAUUGACUCAUCUUAAAAUGUUGGAUUUGAGCCAUUCAGGAAUCGAAAUCUUCCCGUCCAACAUUAUAUCAAAACUGAUCAAAUUGGAGGAGUUGUAUUUGGGGGAUACUGCCAUCAAGUGGGACCAAGAGGAUUCAAAUGAGGAAAAUAAAAAUGUUUCCCUUGCCGAACUUGGGUAUCUAGCGAACUUGACUGCUCUAGAAAUUCAAAUCAAAGGGGCUUGGGUUCUACCAAGGAAUAUAAUGUUUGACAAACUAGAAAGAUACAAAAUAGUGAUAGGAGAUGCUUGGGAAUGGGCUGAUAAUCAUGGGGCCUCCAAAAUGUUGAAACUCAAGCUUGACAGUGUCAUUCAUUUGGAGCAUGGGAUUAAAGAACUUAUUAAAGGAGUGGAGGAUUUGUACUUGGAUGAAGUAAAUGGAAUCUCCAAUGUGCUUUACCAUUUGAAUGGAGAAGGAUUUCCCUUGUUAAAGCAUCUUCACAUCCAAAAUCAUGGAAAAAUUCAACACAUCGUCAACUCAACGGAGAGAAAAAGAAGUCUUGUUUUCUUCCCAAAGAUGGAGACAUUACUACUUCAAAAUCUCAAUAAAUUAGAGAAGAUAUGCCAUGGCUCAUUUAUGAAUAAUUCAUUUGCAAAACUUAGAUCCGUCAGAGUCAAAUAUUGUGGCCAGUUGAAGUAUCUCUUUUCAACGCUGAUGGUCAAAGCCCUUUGCCAACUUGAUGAGAUUGAAGUUUCAGAAUGUAAUUCUAUGAAAAAGAUUGUGUUUAUAGAAAAUUCUUUGCCAAACUCAGAAACUGUUGAUGACAAUAUUGAGUUUUGUUCAUUGCGAUCCUUAACUUUGCAAUAUCUACUAGCCAUUGAGGAUUUCUACUCUGGUUUGUCGACAUUUUCAUCAACAACCAUGCAGAGUUCGUCGUCGUACAUUCACGCUUCAUCAUCUUUUUUUAGUGGAAAGGCUAAGUUUUCUAAUUUGGAGACUCUAAAGUUGAGUGCAAUCUAUCUAGAAAAUAUUUGGCAAGAUGAUCACCUUUCUAUAGCCAAUUCUUUUCACAAGCUGGCUAAACUAAGUGUCGAGAAGUGCAGUGGUUUGAAGUAUUUAUUCUCAUCGUCUAUGGUUCAAAGUUUUCCAAACCUUAAGGAGCUUGAAAUAAGAGAGUGUGAGAUGAUGGAGGAGAUAAUUAGUACAGAGGGGAGAAAUGGCACUGGAAUAGAAGAGGUUGGGCUUCUAAAAUUGGAGACUAUCGUAAUCAGCCACAUGAAAAGGUUAAAGAAAGCAUGGCAUUCCCAAUUUGAUGGGUUGAAGACUAUGAAGGUCAAUAAUUGUGAGAAACUUGAGAAUAUUUUCCCAGAUAUGCACACAACAUUGGGAAGAAUAGAGACGUUGAUGGUUAGUGAUUGUGGCUUAGUGAAAGAGAUAUUCAAAUUACCUGCCAAUGAAAUCAAUAAUGGGGACGACACAAGAACACAAGUCACACAAUUGAAAAAACUCCAUCUGCGCCGCUUGCCAAAGUUGAAACAAAUAUGGAGUAAGGAUCCCCAAGGAAAUUUCUGCUUUCAUAAUCUCCAAGAUGUCUAUGUUGGAGGUUGUCUAAAGUUAGAACAUCUCUUCCCAUUUUCAAUAGCGCUGGAACUUCAACAACUUGAACGACUCACAGUGGAUUAUUGUGGAAUGAAUAAAAUUGUCGCGAAGAAACAGGGACCAAUGGAGGAAAAAGCCAUAUUUCACUUUGAUCGAUUAUACUUUUUGGAGAUUAAGAACAUGUAUGAACUUGAUAGGUUUUAUGGUGAAAAUCACAGUUUAACCUGCCCAUCACUGAGAAUGCUAUGGGUCUUCAACUGUGCAAAAUUGAAGUUAUUCGGGAGACACAAUACAAGCAACCAUAGAGAGACUGCUGAUGGCCAAAAUCCGCAUCCCACCCAACAACAUCUCUUCGUAGUUGAAGAGGUGAUUCCACAGUUGGAACUGUGUACAUUACAUAAUGAAGAGGCUAUAAUGAUGUUGCAAGACCCACAAUGGAAGGACCAUGGUCUGAGUAAAUUGAAGACACUUCGACUGUCCUAUUUUGAGGACAAAACAGCAGCAACUUUUUUAGACUCAAUUGUGCAGAAGGCACCAAGUUUGAAAUCUCUAACUGUUCAACAUAGUUCCUUGAAAGAGAUAUUCCGAGACAAAAGAGUUCCAUAUAAGGAAGGCAAAAACAAAAUUAACACCCAGCUUGAAUAUCUAAGAUUAGAUUACCUACAAUUGCAACACAUAUGUAGAGAAGGAUGCAAUAUCGAUCCCAUCCUUGAGGCUCUUGAAGUUUUAUAUGUGACGGAAUGUGGCAAUUUGAAAACUUUGGUUCCUUCCUCCGUCACUUUUUCCCACUUGACAUAUUUGAAGAUCAUGGAAUGUAAUGGAUUGAUGAACUUAAUUUACUCAUCAACUGCAACAAGUUUGGUCAAUCUGGAAGACAUAACAUUAAAAGAAUGCAAUUCACUUGAAGAAGUAGUGACGCAGGGGAUGAACGAGGCAAGAGAUGAAAUAGUGUUCAGACGUUUAAGAACUUUAGUGUUGGAAAGCUUGCCAAGGCUCAACAGUUUUUCAUCUAGUCAGUUCUUCUUCAGGUUCCCCUUGUUGAAGAAAGUUGUUAUGAGACAAUGUCCAAGGAUGAAAACCUUCUGUGAAAGAGCAGCAAGCACACCAAUGCUUAAAAAGGUCAUAACAAAAGAUGGGAAAGAUGAAGAAUGGUGGUGGGAAGGUAACUUGAAUGGAACAAUAAAAAAAAUCUAUGUGGAUAAGAUUGCAUUUCGUGACAUGGAGCAUCUUCGUUUAUCCUUGUAUCCUGAUCUAAGAGAUUCUUGGAACAGUCCCGUUGAGAACAAAGUAUUCUGUAAUUUGAAAUCUCUAGUGGUGGAAAAUUGUAACUUCUUGUCAGAUGUUCUUAUUCCUGCAAAUUUUCUACGAGCCUUGGGGAAGUUGGAAGAAAUUCAAGUGAGAGACUGUGAUUCACUUGAAGCUGUGAUUGAAUUUGACAAUGCAAAAGAAGAGGCAGAAUCAGAUAAAGAGACCAGUCAUCUGCGAAAAAUCUGCCUAUCUAAUCUGCCUAAACUCCAAUACAUGUGGAAGCCAAGCCUUGGAGGGAAAAAAGAAGAGGAUGAAGUUGAAAUCCAACGUCAAAAGGUACUUCUACCCAAACUAGAAACAAUAAUAAUAGAAGACUUGCAAAACCUGGAGACAAUAUGGCACCCUAUCCUAACUCCGAAUUCCAUGGGCAGCUUUGAGACAUUGAAAGUGAAAAAUUGUCAGAAAAUUCAGCAUAUAUUUCCAAUAUACAUGCACGGAGCAUUUGCAACACUAGAGACACUGAUGCUUGAAAACUGCAACUUAGUGGAGGAAAUUUUCCAGCUGGGUGUCCGUGAAAUGUGCUGUGGAGAUGAUACAACGCGACUCAAGAAUAUAACCAUACUUCGACUGCCAAAGCUGAAACAAAUUUGGAGGAGAGAUCCUCAAUCAAGUCUUUAUUUUAAGAGUCUACAAGUUGUGCGAGUUGAAGAAUGUGGAAAUUUAGAGUACCUUUUUCCAUUCUCCAUAGCUAAGCACCUACCUCAAGUUGAAGCAAUUACAAUAAAGAAUGCUGAAAAGAUGAAGGAAAUUGUUUCCAAGAGAGAAGAACCCUUAGACAAUGGUGUGAAAUUUGAAUUUAAUCAGCUAACCUCAAUUGUGCUUUGGAAUUUACAAGAAUUGCAGAGAUUUUGUGCCGGAAAUCAUAGCUUAUCUUGUUCAUCAUUGAAAGAAUUAGAUGUUUACAAGUGUGAGAAAUUAAAGUUGUUCAAGACACAAGGUGCAAGCAGCCAAGAAAGACUUUCUAACAACAAUCUCCAUGUCUCAAAGCAACAGCCUCUUUUUACACUCGAAGAGGUGAUUGACAACUUAGAGAUCUUGAGUUUGGGCAAUGAGCAUGCAAGCAUGAUAUUCCAAUCGCAAGUUCCACGAGAUCAUCAAUUUCACAAACUCAACUUUCUGCGGUUCUAUGAAUUAAAAGAUGCUCAUGCUACUUCCUUAUAUUGGUUUCUCCAAAAUAUACCCAGUCUGGAAUGGCUAGUCAUUCGAGAAAAUGCUUUCAAGGUGAUAUUCCCAGACGAAACGCCUCGAGAUGAGAAAGGAGAAAUUGAUAUUAAAACACGACUCAAGAAGCUAACGCUAUGUAAAUUGCAUGGACUCCAGCACAUAUGCAGAGAAGGAUGCCAAUUGGAUCAGGUUCUUGAUGUUCUAGAAUACCUACAUGUGAAAGAAUGUUCCAAUUUGAAGCACUUGGUGCCUUCCUCAGUAACUUUUAAUCACCUAACAUAUUUAGAGGUGCAAAAUUGCAGUGGAUUGAUGUAUUUAAUGACCUCUUCAACAGCAAGAAGUAUGAUUCAGUUAGCAACAUUGAAGAUAAGAGAGUGUGAUUCAGUUGACCAAAUUGUGGCUGAAGAGGGUGGGGAGAGCAUAAAUGAAAUUGUUUUCAACAGUCUAACAGUUCUAGAAAUUGAUAGUUUGCCUAAACUCCAAAUGUUUUGCUCUAGUAACUGCUUGUUGAAGCUUCCAUUGUUGAAGAAACUUGUAAUAAAGCGAUGUCCAAGAAUGACUAGCUUUUCUGCAAGGGAAAUAAGUGCACCCAUGCUUCAAAAGAUACUGACAGAGGAACAAGAUGAAAUGUGGUGUUGGGAAGGUGAUCUUACUAGAACAAUCAGCAAGAUGUUUCAAGAUAUGAGUGCGAGCACAAGCAGAGCAUUGAGCUCCGUGGAAGAUGGAGAAAAAUCAAGGGCUAACAAGAUUGAUGAUUCAGGGACGCAAGAAAUGCACAAACUUCCAAUUCCACAUGCAGCCAUUAGGACUGAAGAGAUGAAUGAGACCACUCAAACACCGUUAGCUGAGGCUGAUGAAAGCACAUUAACUCAGACCUCUGUUCAACAAACAGGUAUAUUCUGUGGUUCCUAUUUGCCAUAA